UUUUUGACUAAAACCCUAAACGUGAAUAUAUCAUGGGAUCCAUGUCAUCUACGGAUCUGAAACAGGAAUCCAAAUCUGAAAAUAACCAAGUCCCAACCAAGGAAGUGGGAGAUCGAUUACAAGAGUUUAUGAAAAAAGGUGGUUGCGAAAAUUCAUAUAUAGCUUGUGUAGGUUGUGAUUCGCGGGAAGAUGAGUGUACGGAAGCCUAUUCAAUGCUGGAAAAGUGUAUGAAGGCUCGCUCUGAUUACUUUGAGACGUAUCUCGCGCUGAAGAACGCUAGUGCUGAAGUGAUGGCUAGGGAGAUCGAAGUCUUCCUCCAUGCGAAACCAAAUGACAGAGACGAGUUGUUAGGCAAAUUCAUUACAAGAGGUGGUUGCAAAGAAGCUUUUAUGGCUUGGAGGGAUAGUUACGAAGAAGCCAAGAAGAACAAGGGAAGUCUUUAUACACCUGCCUUGAACACCUUGUCAAAGUGUAUGGAAGCUCACUCUGAUUACUAUCAGCCGCUUCUCGCAGUGGUUAAAAAUUAUGAAGAACACUAUAGUAAGGAGCGUAUUGCCUUCUUGAAUGCGUGGGAGCAAGCUGAAGAUGAGGCUAAGGGAUGAUUUGAAUAGGAUGUAGUAAUAUCUUAAUGCUUUUUUCCUUUGUUUACGUUUCCUUUUGCAUGAAUACUCUUCUUUUUUUUUU